UUUUUUCCUAACGAUGUUAAAAAUUAAAUUUGAUAAAAUAAAUGUAAGACCGUUAGAUAAAGCGAUGAACUGAUUAAUCCCUGUCAGUUUUAUUAUCUCUUUACUAGUACUUUAAUAAUAUCUAAAACAUUCAGUCUGCGUGUUCGUGCUGUAACGGUACACUAAUUUUAAUUUUAGAAUGGCAUCACUCACAUACAAAAUAUUUAUUGGCAGUAUUGUCCAUUGCAAAAAACCUUUUGAAUUGGAAGUAAUAAAAGACGGUUUUCUUAUCGUGCACGGCCGAAAAAUAAUUCACGUCGAUAACGAUAAAACUCGUGUGGAUUCGGUCAAACAAAAAUUCAAAAUCGCGGACAGCCAAGUGAUCGAAUUAACUAACACUCAGCUAUUAAUACCUGGAUUAAUAGACACACACAUACACGCACCCCAAUACCCUAAUGCUGGGCUGGGAUACGAUAAACCUCUAUUGGAAUGGCUCGAUUCUUACACCUACAAAAUCGAACAAAUGUUCAAGGAUCAGACACUCAGUUACGAAGUAUUCAACGCAGUUGUGCGCAAAACUUUGAGUUAUGGAACUACCACAGCAACAUAUUUUGCGUCCCUAUUCGACGACAGUUCCAUGGUAUUAGCUGAUGCCGCAAUAACUCACGGACAAAGAGCCUUUAUUGGAAAAAUUAAUAUGACGAAAUUGGCGCCAGAUAACUACGUGGAAACUGUUGAACAGACAUUGGAAAACACCAGAAAGUUUGUGGAGGAUCUAACUGCAAAAAAUAUCGAUUUGGUUCAACCCAUACUUACUCCAAGAUUUGCACUUAGCUUAGAAAUGGAUACCAUGCAAAAACUGAGCGAGAUUGCCAAAGAAUACGAUCUAAACAUUCAAACCCAUAUAUCUGAGAACAAAGAUGAAGUACAAAUAGUAAACGAUACAUUUGGAAUGAAUUACGCCAAUGUAUACGAAAAAUCUGGACUAUUAGGCCCAAAGACAGUAUUGGCACAUGGAGUGUAUUUGAAAGACGAUGAAAUGAAACUACUUGCUAAAACUGGAACAUCAAUUUCUCAUUGUCCCGAUUCCAAUACCAUGUUACAAUCUGGUUUGUGUGAUGUUAGACGAUUAAUAGAAAAUGGAAUUACAGUUGGUUUAGGAACAGAUGUAUCGGGAGGACCAUCACCAUCAAUUAUUCAAGCUAUGAGAGGUGCUAUUCAAACUUCAAUUCACAUUGCCCAAAACACGGAAAAUUACACUCCAUUAAAUUAUAUUGACGCAUUUUCACUUGCCACCUUAGGCGGAGCUAAUGCUUUAAAAUUACAAGACAAAAUAGGAAACUUUGAGGUUGGAAAGGAGUUUGAUGCACUUGUGAUAGAUGCAGAUGUGGAUAAUUCAGCCAUUGAUUUUUUCUUAACGUGUGACGAAAGAGAAUUACUCCAGAAGUUCAUUUUUGUAGGAGACGAUCGCAACGUUGUGAGAGUGUAUGUAGCAGGAAAAUGUGUUAAAUAAAUAAAUCGUUUAUUUGUU